ACUUCUGAAAUCAAUAUUAAUUUUAUAAGCGAAAAGAGUUAAAUAACAUCAGAAUGCCUCUUUAUGAAGGCUUAGCUUACAAUACAGACAAGACUGUGGUUGUGUUAGAUAUCGGGAGAGCCUAUACCAAAUGUGGAAUAGCUGCUGAUGCUGCACCAAGAUGUAUUAUACCUAGUGUUGUUGUUAAUCCUACCACAGGAAAGCAAAGCAAGCUAUGGAGUUUUUCUAAUACAGAAGAACUUUAUGAUAAUUUAAAAGAUUUUCUUUUUAAACUCUACUUUAGGAGAUUAUUAGUCAACCCUAAAGAUAGACCAGUCGUUGUUGUUGAAUCUCUAUUAUGUCCAACAGCCUUUAAAGAAACAUUGGCUAAAGUUCUGUAUAAACAUUAUGAGGUGAGCUGUGUAUUAUUUGCACCAUGUCAUAUGUUAUCAUUAUUAACGAUAGGAGGUAAUAUUGGUUUAGCUAUUGAUGUUGGUUAUGAAGAAACUGUAGUUAUACCUGUAUAUGAAGGUAUACCUGUUUUAAAGGCUUGGCAAGCAUUACCAUUAGGAGGUAGCGCUAUUCACAAUCGUAUGCAAGCUCAGUUAUUAGAACAUGGUACUAUUAAAGGUGAUGAUGGUCAGAGUAAACCAGUUGCUUCUAAUCCAGAAAUACUAACAGAAGAUGUUUUAGAAGACAUUAAAGUACGUUGUUGUUUUGUUACUAAUACUAAAAGAGCUAGUCUAAUACAAGAUGUCACUGUUUAUGGUGGAGAUGUCAAUAAGUUACCAGCUCCCCCACCUGGAGUAGAUUAUCCUAUUGGUGGAUCUAGUUUACUUCAUGUUAGUGGUAAAAUUAGAGAGCAUUCAGCUGAAGUACUAUUUGAACAUGACAAUGAUGAAAGAUCCAUUAUAACUAUCAUUCUUGAUUCUCUUAUAGAGUGUCCUGUUGAUACACGUAAACAGUUAGCUGAGAAUGUUAUUAUAAUGGGUGGGACAGCUAUGAUGCCAGGCUUUCAUCAUAGAUUAAAAACAGAGCUGUAUGAACAUCUUAAACUACCCAAAUAUCAACAGGAAUAUGGUAUAAAACAGUUUAGAUUCCAUCAACCACCAGCUAAAGAGAACUUCACAGCUUGGCUUGGAGGCUCUAUGAUAGGAGCUUUAGAAACAUUAUCCAGUCGCUCCUUAUCAAGAGAAGCUUAUUUACAAAGUGGUAAAGUACCGGAUUGGUGCGUUGGUGUAUCAAAUGCUGAUUUAGAAAUCAAGUCUCCAACCAAGAAAACUUGAACAUUUCAAGAAAAUUUAUUAACAUUUUAUUUAAUUUUGUGCUUCAGAGGGAACUAGGUGCUUUAAGUAUAUUAUCAACUCCUAUUCUUGACUAUUUAGAUCUAUUUUGCAUUCUGACUAUAGACAACUGCUAUAGUACCAAGUUUAGUUCUCCAUAGCUUUAAGCAUCCAUUGAAGUCUUUUCAGGUCAAGCAUUGAGCAGGGACAAACUGCUUUGCCAGAAGUGAAAUUUGGCAUUUUUUUUAUUGUCAAAAUCAUGUAACAAAAAACAAGAUUACAGAUUAAAUUGGCCAAGUAAUUUUAAGUAAAUUGGCUGUCAACUGUCUAGAAAGCUAUUCAGACUUAGUUCUAGGUUACAUUGAUGCUUUUCACAUGGACUUUCAAAACUAGAAGUUUGAAGUAUAUUUUUAUUGCCUUCAUUAUUUUAAGGAAAUAGUUGGCCUUUUCUUUUUCAAUUAUUACUGUAUUCAUAUUGUGCAAUUACUUAAGGCUAACAGUGAGUUCUUUUUAUUUCAAUGUAAACAUAUUUGUUUCAUCAAAUGUUGAUAUGUGCUACCAUUUGCAUUUUGCUUUUUAUACGCCCACAUCUCUCUAUGUGGACGUAUAUUGUCGGCACCCCUGUCCGUCCAUCAACAUUUGCUUGUAAACGCUCUAAAAACUAGAUUUUUUGAUGGAAUCAAAGGAAAUUUGGUAUGUGUAUACAUAUUCAUAAAACAAAGAUCAAGUUCGAAUUUGAGCUAUUUUCGGCCGUUAGAAGCAGAGUUAUUGCCCUUGCCCAAAAUAUUGAAUAUUUACCAUCCGCAUGACGUUGUGGGCGUAUAUGGCUGUGGUCCACUUUCUUUUACCAUCAAUUCCCAAAGGUAUGUUGUUGUCUUAUUUUACAUGUUCUCAACCUUGUUACAAUAAUAGAGCUCAAUUUAAGCUCAAAUGAAUUUGCAUCACCUGUUCUGGGUCAACCACAAAAUAUUGCUCACAUAUCCAUCUGAAAAUAAGGUUGUUCUUCAGAAAGUCAGAUAUGGGCCCUGAUGGGCUCAAAUUUCUAGAACUUUAUGAUUAAGCCAGUUUAUUUUGUUAUUAUUUCAAUAUAUAAGUUUUUUUGAAACAUAACAAUUGCUAAUAGAGAAAUAGAAAUGAAUAACUACAUACUAGAUUUGCAUAAUGCUUUGCAUCCACACUAAAUAGUCCUACUACAUUUAAAGUUUAUCUUAAUAUUUUACAAAUAAAGAAUCACAGCUUUUUAAUUAUAGUACAAAAAAAAUUAGAUUUUGAAAACACAUGUACUUGUUUCCAGCUCUCCAGAAAGUAAGUUGGAAAUAUUUAUUGAAUUCUGAACACUGCCCUAGAGAAUUAACCAUUGACCUGCAUAAUGAAGAGUUGACUCCAAUAAUGAGGUGCUGACUCCCAUAAUGAAGUGAUCACUCCCAUAAUGAAGUCUUGACUCCAGUAAUGAAGUGAUCACUCCCAUAAUGAAGUCUUGACUCCAGUAAUGAAGUGAUGACUCCAAUAAUGAAGAUAGUUGACUCCAAAAUUGAAAAGUGCUGUCUCUAAAAUGAAGCGCUGACUUCCAUAAUGAAGUGCUGACUCCAUAAUGAAGCAUUGAUCACUAUAAAGUCAUCCAAAUAAAGUAAUAAUAUAGGGAAUGAAUGCUGUAUGAUUGUGGUUUCUU